GGAUGACUUAAUUUUGUUGUGAAACAGCAUUGUUGUGAAAAAGAUGGAAAUACGUCCCACUCGGUGUACUGUCACGAUUCCACAGCCAAUAUUGCAUAUAAACGAGCUUCUUCCGUUCUUUUAAAGACAGUUUGGAAGUUGGAAAUGACCAUUAGAAGUGACCAUGAAUCUUCGUAAGACCAUCUCAUUUUCAUUCAUUUGCGCAACAAUAUUGCUUUGCCUUUGCAGAUACAGAGUAAAGGCGUCUUCAUCUAAUGGAAAUGUGUCUGUUGAAAGGAAUGUCCGUCUUGUUGACUUUUACGACAAGAACCAGGUCUCUAAAGGAUUUGUUCUUGUCUACAUCAACGGAACUUGGGGAACCAUCUGCAACCAGGCCUGGGGUCGAGCAGACUCUGAGGUAACGUGCUUCGAACUUGGGUUCAGUGGAGCAGUGCUUACCGACCACGGAAGCUAUAAACCCCAUCCUGACAAUAUUCUGUAUGAUGUCCGAUGUGUUGGGAACGAGACGUCUAUUUUAGAUUGCCCGAGUAGUGAUGUCGAUGAAGGGGGAGACUGUUGGGCACCAUCGAAAGCCUACGCUUUUUGCACCAAUUAUACAAUUCGCCUGACAGAAGCCCACUUUCCCGGUGGAGGCAGGGUAGAGGUGUUCUACCUAGGAUCUUGGAGACCAGUUUGCAGUGACCAUUGGGAUCUUAGCGGUGGACACGUUGCUUGCGGAGAACUGGGACUUGGUACAGCACUAGACGUCGACCAUAGUUUCAUUUCUUUAGAGGAAAUGGAAGGUUAUAUUUUGAAUGAUGUGAGAUGUAAUGGAAGUGAAUCUAGGAUAUUGGACUGUCUAGGAUCCACUUUCAGCAUUGGUAAAUGUAACUCUACCCGCAGCGCCAGAGUUCGAUGCUCAGAUGGAGGUGAGUUGUCGUUCUGCGGGUGUAAUACUGGCAAAGAAUGUUAUACGUUGGUACGGUGUGUAAAAUUUGCACUUUAAUAUUGGUCCGCCGAAGGGAUAUAUAUUUUCAUGAUAAGGGAAAAUAUAACUCACACAUUGCGAACAGUGAUUAACUGAGUAUGCGCAGGGUCGUACUCACUUGACUACGUAAACAAUAUAAUUAUAAUCAUCAAAAUACGACCGGGAGUGAAAUAUUCUAAUUUUGAUCCUCGCAAUCGAUAUUACUUGAUGAGAUUUGACUCGAGCCAAUUACACCUUUGUAUUUAUACGAGCUAUUUAAAUAAAUAUUCCGGUUUUUCCAGUUCAUCACAACAAAUAUUCUUUAAACAGACCAACCAAAAAUGAUCCCGUUACACUGAAUAGUAAAACAAUCUGUCAGUUAAUUUCGAGUCGGUUGUCCGU